UUUCUCUGUUUUAUAGGAGUUCGGCUCUGUACUUAACACGAUUCACCUUUUGAGUGUUCGAAACCAGACAGAAAUUCGUCCGUCGAAUCUAAAAACUCUAGUUUAUUUCCGACUCCACUGUGAUUUACGGUGUUUUCCGCCACGAAUUUCAUUUGAUUUUGACACAGGAGCAGUAAGAUUCUUCAUGUUUUGGGGAUUUUGAAUCAAACUCGCUUUAAGACCUAUGAAAGGAACACAUGAAAUUGGCUUCUAGUUGUCGUGAACCUACCACAAUACCACUGAUGAAAUUCGACUUGGAAGCAGGCACAAUUGGCAUCCUUACCUAUCAGGAAGAAAGACAGCUUGAAAUCUCGGAUCUUAAUAUGUUUCUACAGCAUUGGCAUGAGGAAAUUUAUGUUAACACUCCUUGACCAAUUAUGCGUUUCUUAAUGUCUGGGUAGAUUUUCAUAUAUGAGCAAGGAUGGGGUCAACCUGUUGUGUUGCUGCAAGGGAGAGGGCUCUACCAAAGAGAACUGACAGUGAAACUUUGCAUAGCAAUCUUAGGUAUUCACCCUCUUGGAGCUUUCGGUGGGAUAACCGAGGGCGUGUAGCAGGUGAAGUGGAGAAUCCCAUCAAUCAAUUUCCUCAUGGAAUCAGUAGAAACGUAGGUUUGGAGAUGAAGGAACAAAGAGAUAUGGAAACAGAACAUGUUUCAGAUGGUGGGAGUCCAACGGAGACUUUCCACACACCCAUGUGGCAAAAGUCCCCAGUUCAUGAAGGAACUACUGGGAGUUUGAGGACUCCUACUUCAGAUUUAUCCAUAGGAAGCAACUUCUCUACCGAGGUGAAGCAUUCUACAGAAUCUACAACACUUGCUAAUCCUUCACUGCUGGAGCUUUCGCUUUCUGUACCUUCAGUUUCCUCUUCAUCUAUUUCCAAAGCAGAUUCUUUUUCAGAAAGCCAUGCUGAUGCUGACUCAAUGCCAUUACGGCAAGCCCGCCGCUCACCAGGACACCAGCUCUUUAGACAGGUCUCUGAUAGCCGAAUCCUGGGAUUCAAGUCACCAAACAACAAUUCGGUUUCUGAAGGAAGACAAUCAUUUGUUCUCUCCAUGUGCAGCAAUGACCUAACAAUGAGCUCCAAUGGUGGGUCUUCAGAUGGUUGGUCUAUGCGCACCUUUUCAGAACUUGUGGCCUCUUCUCAGAGAGAAAGGUGGUCUUUUGACAGUGACACCCUGGGGUAUGGCCAUGGUAAGAUAACAAGAUCAAACAGCCACUGCUCGGCUUCUCCUUCCACUGAUCUGCAAACGUGUGGAAUAUGCUCAAAGCUUUUGACUGAGAGAUCUUCAUGGAGCACUCAGAAAAUCAUAGCCACGAAUGAGCUCUCUGUGGUUGCCAUUCUGGUAUGUGGACAUGUGUACCAUGCAGAGUGCUUGGAGAACAUGACACCUGAAACUGAUAGGUAUGACCCAUCUUGCCCUGUAUGUAUGGCUGGGGAGAAGCAGAUCUUGAAGAUAGCUGGAAAAGCAUCGAGGAUGGAGGCAGAUUUGAAAUUGAAAAACUAUAGGGUAUCAAAGAACAGGAUUGUGGAUAGCGAUCUUGAUGACAAUUUCAUUGUGUCUGACCAUAGGAAAAGUGCCGGAAAGGAAGGGAAAGGUCCCAAAAUGGGAACCAGUUCCGGCAUGAAGAGCUUUGGGGGGCCUUUCCUAAGGCGGCAUUUCUCCCUUGGUUCAAAGACCACUAGACCCUUGUCAGCAAGUGAUUCUGCAAGAAAGGGGUUCUGGGCAAGAUACCGCAAGGAAUGAGCUCCCCCCACUGUUAAGAGGUGAGCAGUUUCUCAUCUCGUGCAUGCUAUUUUGUUGAUAAUAGUGUUCUUGGAAUAUUGUUCUUUUCCCUUGCAAAAUAGUAUUCAUCAUCCUUGAUGCAAUGAAUUACCGUCUUGUGGGAAUCGUUGGAGCUGGAGGUACCUCUCACAGCUGCAAUGCAAACGUAAAUGUGACAACCACACCCACACCGACCUGGUAUAGACCAUAUAUGUCAUGGAGUUUGUUUCAAAUCUUUGAACACACCAGAGUCCCAGCAUGUUUUGCAUUCUGUGGCUCUUCCCUCUUUAUGCACACAAAAACUGUGAAUAGAACACUAGUGCUGGGCAAGUCUUGGUUAAAUACAACUGGAAUUUUGUA